AUGGCUGCAGAGAUGGCUUUAGUAAAACCCAUUUCCAAAUUUAGCAGCACACCGAAAUUUGGAAACCCUAGAACUUUCUCAUACCCCAAAUUCACUACCAUCAAAAUGUCAGCCACUGCACAGACAACAAGUAGCUCAAAGCCAAAGAAGAAAGGUAACAAAGGUGAAAUCAAAGACACCCUUCUGACGCCAAGGUUCUACACCACUGAUUUUGAUGAAAUGGAGACCCUUUUCAACACUGAGAUUAACAAGAACUUGAACCAGUCUGAGUUUGAAGCACUUCUGCAAGAGUUCAAGACUGAUUACAACCAGACUCACUUUGUGAGAAACAAGGAGUUCAAGGAAGCUGCUGAUAAGAUGCAAGGGCCUUUGAGACAGAUUUUUGUCGAGUUCUUGGAGAGGUCCUGCACUGCUGAGUUCUCUGGGUUCCUUCUCUACAAAGAGCUGGGAAGGAGACUCAAGAAAACCAAUCCAGUGGUAGCAGAGAUUUUCUCCCUCAUGUCCAGGGAUGAAGCCAGGCAUGCUGGGUUUUUGAACAAGGGUUUGUCUGAUUUCAAUCUGGCACUGGACUUGGGGUUCCUUACAAAGGCUAGGAAGUACACAUUUUUUAAGCCCAAGUUCAUUUUCUAUGCUACAUAUUUGUCUGAGAAAAUUGGGUACUGGAGAUACAUAACAAUUUACAGACAUCUCAAGGAAAAUCCUGAAUACCAGUGUUACCCCAUUUUCAAUUACUUUGAGAACUGGUGCCAGGAUGAGAACAGACAUGGUGAUUUCUUCUCUGCAUUGAUGAAGGCACAGCCUCAGUUCCUCAACGAUUGGAAGGCAAAGUUGUGGUCACGUUUCUUCUGCCUAUCGGUGUAUGUGACAAUGUACCUCAACGAUUGCCAGAGAACUGCUUUCUAUGAAGGCAUUGGGCUCAAUACCAAAGAAUUUGACAUGCAUGUCAUCAUUGAGACAAACCGCACAACGGCCAGAAUCUUCCCUGCUGUGCUGGACGUUGAGAACCCAGAGUUCAAGAGGAAGUUGGACAGAAUGGUGGUGAUAAACGAGAAGCUGAUUGCUGUUGGUGAGAGUGAUGACAAUUCCUUGGUCAAGAACUUCAAGAGGGUUCCCCUUGUUGCAGCAUUGGUUUCUGAAAUAUUGGCUGCAUAUCUAAUGCCACCAAUUGAGUCUGGAUCUGUUGAUCUCGCAGAGUUUGAACCACAACUUGUUUACUAA